GAGCUGUCCAGUUCAGCACCACGGCGACGCAGUAGGUGGGCGCUCCUGCUCCGAGAGCUGUCCAGUCCAGCACCGCGGCGAUGCUGUAGGUGAGAGUGCCCGGUCGUGGGGAGCUGUCCACUUCAGCACUACGGCGAUGCAGUAAGUGGACGAGCCCGGCCGGGGUGAGCUGUCCGUUUCAGCACCACGGCGAUGCUGUAGCUGGGAGCGCCUGGCCCGGGGCUGCGCGGCCGUGAGCGGGGGAGGCGGGCGGGCCUGCCUGCUGCAAGACGCCGGCUAGCGCGCCCCAUCGCUCGCUCGCUCGCUGGCUUCCGAGGAGCUUUGCGGAUCGGGGGAGGGAACCCCGCCUCGAUUCUCCGGGAGAAACCCCCUCCCUCCCCCACUUCGCCGACACUACCCCCGCCGCCAACAACAAUAACCGCGGCUGCUCGUCCUGCCGCCACCGCGCCCGCCAACCCUGCUGCCGCCGCCGCCGCCGCCGCCGUUGCCGCCGCCGGGGCACAACCAUGGGAGGCGAGACCCCCUCACCGGUGCAGCUGAGCUCGAGGGCUUGCAGAAGACUGGGCAGUCUCCUCUGAAACGGAGGCGCCUCGAGGACCCCCUCCCUCCCCAAGGAAGAGAACUGGCGAAGCCACGGAUUUUCAUGGCGCAGGCCGCAGAGCCGCGAACGAAGACCGAAGGUUGCUUCCCAGCUCUUCCAGUCUCUAACUGUCUAGGUCCGGACCAUGAGAGAUGGUGUUGAGAAUUCGGCUGUACCCUGGCGCGCUGUGGAAGCCAUCUCCAAAUUAGCGAUCACAUAUGGAAACUGGAGACCAGAAUUUUAGGAAAAGAGAUUAAGGCAUCUCACUUGGGGGGGUGGGGGGGUGUCUUUUUAUUUAUUUUCCCUUUUUUAAAAAAAAAUCGCUGCAACUGGAACAGUUUUUUGAUCUCAAAAGGCAAGCCUCUCUUCCCGUGUGAUCUUUAUAAUUUACACACUUUUCCGUGAGCUUUCUUAUCUCCCUUUUUUUAUAUCUCUCCAUAUUCUCUAUUCACACAUAUAUCCAUUAUAUUAGUAGUGGAAUUACCAAUCGCACCCUCACACACACGCUCCUGAGAACCAGAAGUCGGUUGGGUGUUUAUAUAAUGAAGAAUUAUGGGGCUGUUUGAUCGAGGUGUUCAAAUGCUUUUAACCACCGUUGGUGCUUUCGCUGCCUUCAGCUUGAUGACCAUCGCUGUGGGAACCGACUAUUGGCUGUACUCCAGAGGGGUUUGCAAGACCAAAAGUGUCAGUGAGAAUGAAACCAGCAAGAAGAACGAGGAAGUUAUGACCCAUUCCGGGUUAUGGAGAACCUGCUGCCUCGAAGGGAACUUCAAAGGUCUGUGCAAGCAAAUCGACCACUUUCCGGAAGACGCGGACUACGAAGCUGACACCGCAGAGUAUUUCCUCCGGGCCGUGAGGGCCUCGAGUAUCUUCCCGAUCCUGAGUGUGAUCCUACUCUUCAUGGGUGGCCUCUGCAUCGCAGCAAGCGAGUUCUACAAGACACGCCACAACAUCAUCCUGAGUGCUGGCAUCUUCUUCGUGUCUGCAGGUCUUAGUAAUAUCAUCGGGAUCAUCGUGUAUAUAUCAGCCAAUGCUGGAGACCCCUCCAAGAGUGACUCCAAAAAGAACAGCUACUCCUACGGCUGGUCCUUCUACUUCGGGGCCCUGUCCUUCAUCAUCGCUGAGAUGGUCGGGGUGCUGGCCGUGCACAUGUUUAUCGACCGCCACAAACAGCUGCGGGCCACGGCCCGCGCCACCGACUACCUCCAGGCCUCCGCCAUCACCCGCAUCCCCAGCUACCGCUACCGCUACCAGCGCCGCAGCCGCUCCAGCUCGCGCUCCACCGAGCCCUCUCACUCCAGGGACGCCUCACCUGUGGGCGUGAAGGGCUUCAACACCCUGCCGUCCACGGAGAUCUCCAUGUACACCCUCAGUAGGGACCCCCUGAAGGCUGCCACCACGCCCACCGCCACCUACAACUCGGACAGGGAUAACAGCUUUCUCCAGGUCCACAACUGUAUCCAGAAGGACAGCAAGGACUCUCUCCACGCCAACACAGCCAACCGCCGGACCACGCCCGUAUGAAGACCGUGGGACGGGGAACCCCGGGGAGGCUUGGCCCGCGGGCGGGGGAGGGACCACAGCAGCCAGGGGGAGACCUUCCAUACGCAAAAAACAAACAAACAAACAAGCAAACAAGCAAAUGAACAAACAAACAACAAACAAACAAAACAAAAAACAAAAAAAAAAGAGAAAAACAUAGCAAGUAAAUUAAAAAAAAAAAAAAGAACAAACUACAAGAAGAACAAAAUCAAAACCACAGGCUAUGCGGGGGAAAAUAUAACCGAGGGAAGACAAACUUUAAACAAAGCAAGAGGGAUAAAAUUAAAAUAGAAAAUAAAUCUAAAAGAAAAUGCAUGAUUUCCCAUGUACCAUUAUUUUAACAUUUAAUAAAAACCAAUUUAAAUGAAAAAAUAAAAGGGAACCAAGAUAAUGUAAAGCAAAAAAACAAAAAACAAAAAAAAAAUAACAAAAAAUAACAAAAAAAUUGAGGAAAGCAAGAGAGUAUUUAUUAGGGUUUUAUGUUGCCUUUGUUUUUGUUUUCGGGUUUUUUGUUUUGUUUUGUUUUGUUUUAACUGCAGGGAGAGUUUAAAAAUAAAAAAAUAAAAAUAAAUUAAAAAAAAAAAAAAACACCCGCAUUCUUUUCCCUUUAACCCCAGCGGGCCCUGCCUCCCGGGGAGAGUAAGGGGUAGAGACUCAGGGCCCUCGGGGCCAGGGGAGCAAUGGUCACUGCCAAGCCCCUUGAUCCCUGGCUGGGCCCUGGGAUGCUGGAGAAGUUCAAUGGCUCUGCGACCAACUCUAUCCAGCACCAAUAAGGCAGUUGCAGGCCUCCAGGUGACCCAAGCCCCUGGUCCGCCCCUGUCCGUUAGGUGCCUGGAGGUGGCGCACUUGGGGCUACCCCGCCCCAAGUUCCCGGUCCUUAAUGGUCCUUAAAGGCCCUUAACCCACUGUGAUGACUUCCUAGGCCUUGAGGAAAGGGAAGGAGAAGGAAUGGCUGCUGGUGGCUCACAGAGAAGCCAGACCCUUGGAAUCCUCAGGGGGAGCCUUGGGGGUGGGGGGGGCAGUAACCCCAAGCUCCUGUCCUUGGAGGCAGGAGACACCCACCCCCAGGGGAUAUAAAGCAGCCGUCCCUCCUCACCCCUCACCUCAGGGCCACUAGAUGGCCCUGGGGCGAUGGUGGACCCCCCCCACACUCACAGGCCCCCAGCUCCCUGGGAAGGGGGCUCUUUGACCCUUUGGGGGUCCAUGGACUCACUGAUGCCCCUCUGGGGGGCCCAGGGAGCCCAACAAUGACAUUGCAAAAAGGUUUCUUUUUACAAAAGAAAAAGGAAAAACAAGUGGUGAUUUUUUUUUAAAAAAAAAUGAAUUAAAAAAAAAACCACAGACUAUAAAUAAAUGUAAAUAUAUAAUAAGUGAAUUUACUUGCAAGAAAAUCAAGUAGUAUUUUUUUCUUUUAAUUCUUUUCCAGCUUUAAACUGUGAAAAAAAUCGGGGUGGGGUGGGGGACUUAAAAUUUAGCAGGGAACUUGUAAAGACAAAACAAACAAACAAAAAAACAAAUAUAGAAAUCCAUUAAAAUAAAGAAACAAAAUCCAUUGGGAGAGACGUGAGCUGGGCACAGAGCCAGAGAGAAAAGGAGAAAGGCCCCACCAUCUUUCUGGGGACUAGAGAAAGAGGCUCUUCUUGCCUGCAGGGAGGUAUUGCUAAUGGAGAGAGGAGACCCACACAUCUGCCACUGUCCCCCUAGUCUCAGUGCUGCAACCGCCACCCAAGUUCCCAUUCAAUACCCAGUCAGGAAUGUGGCUCAGAGGGAGCUGACCUGUGCCCUCCAAAGCCAUGGAAACCAGCCCAGCCCUAUCGAUGGCCCUUGUGCUCCGUGUGCCCCCCACUGUACCUUACCUAUGUAUGGAUGCACCAUGUUCUUGUACGUGGAAGGGCUCCUUAUCUAUAUUCUAGAUGUCAUGUCUGUGUGACCUCUCUGGGCCUCAGUUUCCCACUGUGUCAGCUUGAGGACAGAUUGGCUUGAGCUCCAAAGGCUCAUUCUUAUCUUCUGUGUCUGUGACUUUUAAGAUCUGCUACCAGCCCAGCUCAGUGGAAAAUGGCCAGGAGCAAUCAAAGCAGUCCUGAUGACAUUAAGAACAUUCCUAAGUCUCUCUCUCUCUCUCUCUCUCUCUCUCUCUCUCUCUCUCUCUCUCUCUCACACACACACACACACACACACACACACACACACACACCAUGUGCCUCCUCACUGUGUUCCCCAGACCCCACCCCCACAUCCAGUGUCAAAGCAAAAAUUCACACAUGUGAGCAACCUAUCCUGCCAUGCAGACAGAGGGAGAUGCGCAGUUCCAAAAGCCCCUCAUUCACCUUCCCUUUCUGAAUGGUACAGACCCAGUCAUUAGUGAGUGGGGAAGGCUUCUUUGAGAGACGGGUCUCCUGCUAUCUUGGAGGUCAAUGAAAAAGCAGGCCUUUCUGGGGUGAGAGAUCUCCCUGUAUGGAAAGAAUGUUUGCAGAGCACUCUCCGGGGCAAGCAUCAACCCCAGUUAGGCCUGCACCCCAGAGUGAAUUAAGGGAGCACUCAGGUUUCCCCCUUUUCCUUCCCCAGAGUGGCAAGGGCCAGAUCAGACAAUGAGAACCUGGCUAACCAUUUCCUAGCAACCUCACCCCUCCCCCAACUCCAGCAACCAGCCUCCUGCCUGUCUUUGCUACCCUGACACCGGCCUGCUUGGAAGGUUCCCUGCGUAACUCUCUGGGAAUUGGAGGGCAUGCUGAGGAAGGCCUCUAUAGUGUCUUGUCUUAUGUCUGGAAGAGGAACACUCGUCUCCCAGGUCAGCAGCAAGACAGACCACCUGCUAGGCCAGCCCAGAAGUUCAGGGGAGGCCUCGGACCCCAUGGCUCAGAUAUGUGGGCCAGUUAAACAUGCAGGGAGAUCAGAGCAUCUUCCAAACUGGGCAAAAACAGCACCUUGUCCCUCCUCAGCCCUGCCCAAGGCCCAGCAGAUUCCAAACCAUACCAGAUAAAGGCCUAGAGACACAGGAAAGGGUCCUACAAACAAGCACCUCUCUGUGGAGAGCUCCUAGGCUCUGGUCAAGUAUUUGAGAACGAAUUGGACUUCUUCCUAGGAAGUGAGACCUGGGGUCAGGCCACCCAAACAAGACUCAUGGGUGAGAGGUAAUAUCAGCGUGGCUGACCAAGGAAGGGCUAGGGGGCCUGGAGGGAAGGGGCGGUGCUUCCUGUGGUGACAGCUCAUGCCCAGCUCUGAUCAAUUCAAAAAACAAAA